CCCCCGGUGCUGAAGGCGGCGCCGGCCACCGUGUUCAAGUUCCCGCUGGCUCCUUUGGGCUGCUCGGGGCUGGGCUCAGCUCUGCUGGCCGCCGGAUCAGGGCUGCAGGGCGGCUCGGCCUCGCCCCAUCUCCCGCUGGAGCUGCACCUCCGCGGCAAGCUAGAGCCGGGACCCCCGGAGCCGGGCGGCAAAGCCAAAAAGGGUCGUCGGAGCCGCACCGUCUUCACCGAGCUGCAGCUCAUGGGGCUGGAGAAGCGCUUCGAGAAGCAGAAAUACUUGUCCACGCCCGACAGAAUAGACCUGGCCGAAUCGCUGGGGCUCAGUCAGCUCCAGGUGAAAACCUGGUACCAGAACAGGCGCAUGAAAUGGAAGAAAAUAGUAAGUGGGCCUUUUGCGCGCUGCACCGAGCCCGGUCCGCUCCCCGCGGGGUAUCGAGCACUGCCCGCAAGCUCGUCCUGCUGCAUGCUGGCCAAAAAGAGGAGGCAAGUUAGAGAUUCAAAUCCGAGGUCUCUGGCGGAUCUACGAGGACAGACCGAAGCGCGGUGCUGUCCUGGCCGGUACCAGGCGGAUUCUCUUAUUUUCCUCAGGGUCCGGGAAAAGCAAGACCCGCAGACUUUGUUCGGGGAGGUGUCGGUGCUCUCGCGUUUUAAAGAUACGUGA